GAAGUUGAAAUUUGUUGUUUACUUUCAUCUUUUAUUUUUUAACACACUUCUGUUCUAUAGAUAGAUUCUAGAGUGACUAUUACUAUAUAUCUAGAUCUAGAUUAGAUCUAGAACUAAACAAUAGUUAGAGUCUAGAUCUAUCUAGAUCCGCCUUCAAAAAAUUAAUUAAAUCGAGAUCUAGAUCUAUAUCUAUUUAGGUUAUUUCCGCAUUCUAGAUCUACUAGAGUCGACUAGACCUACUUACUACUAAUACUCUAAUAGUAUAAAACUAGAUCUAAGUCUAAGAGUCGAAUCAGUAUCCUGACUGUCCUGACUAUCAGUAUCAGAAGAGAAGUGAGAAGGCACCUAAAAUUAAAAUCAAAACAAAAUGCCUUUGCGGAAAAUGAAAGAGGAGCUGACCUGUCCAAUAUGCCUUGAACUAUUCUCAAAUCCUCGAAGGCUGCCCUGUGGGCACUCUUACUGCCAUCAUUGUAUUGAGGCUAUGUUGGAGAAAAAAGUGGAGCAGAGUCGAUCUUAUUACAACUAUUCCCGUGUCAUUGUCUGCCCAGAAUGUAGGGAAGAGUUAAGCUUUGAUUAUGUUAGGGGCAUAGAGGGCAUCCCGACAGAUUUCAAGCUCUCUAAGCUGGUGGAGCUGUUUCAUUUUCUCAAGACAAAAGAUGACAGUGAUGAAGAGGUCAAACCUUCAACAUUAACUUGUAGAGAACUUGGUGGUGAAGCAACGUCCCAGUCUCUGGCUUCUCAUUUACCUGUAACUAGUGCAACAUCUGGUGAUUGUGUUACUAUAACAUCAAGUGAUAUAAGUCUGACAGUUGCUCCAGCUUACACUAAUACCCCUGGGACACCACACAUAAAUGAUGUAUCUGACAUUUUACAGUCUUUGAAUCACCAGAGAGGCAGCACUGUACUAAAUACAACCAGCACUGUCAUUAAUAGUGAUGAGACUCUUUCAGAUUCUCAAUUAGGUGCAGUUGGUGGAGUUCCAGAGACGUCCAACAGGACAACUAAUACAAAACUGCAUUUUGAUACAGAUCAUCUUAGUGCUCAUACCUCUUUGAACGCUUGUGACCUGGUGGCAGCUCAUAUUUACUCUUCUUCUCCAUGUGUCUCAGAGGAGACUGCUAGUGCGUUACAACUGGAACAUCUAGUCUCAAACGUUACUAACCACUCAGACAGAGCUCACAGUGUUCCAUUGGAUGCGGCUAAACUUUCAAACACCAGCAGUGUUAAAAAAAAGAGAAAUAAGAAAAAGAGUUGGAAAAGUUUGUUUGUGUCUGACUCCAGUUCCACUGACUCUAGUAACUCUGACUCACAUGCUAGUCAAGCCAGCCGCAGUUCCACUGGAGUAAAGAAUAAACGAUGGCUGAUGACAAAGUUCCUAAGAUCAGUUAUCUUUUCUGAUUCCAGCUCAUCAGAGGAUGAUGAGGGCACUGGUUCAAAUUCAGCCAAUGACAGGACUAGUUUAACUAAACAAUCAAAUGUUAAGGCUCAUCAAACUCCAGACAGUAGCAUCAGUGGUAGAAGAGUGGUGCAUUCAAGCAUAAACAAUAUUCAGCAGAGCUCUAGUCAUCAGAGUGAAGCAGAUCAGAGCACCACUGCUUCAUCCAACAGCUCAACAACGCAGGUUAAAAAGCCUACAUGUGAGAAAAGUAGUGACACAUCUGUGACCCAACAUACGAGACCAGUUGUGCUGCUUGCAGAAGUUCCACAGAAACACACAGAAUCAGAUCAAUGUCUGACAUUUGAACUAACUGAAAUACAUCCAACACUAUAUGACAAUCUUCAGUCUCGCAUUGACCAGCCUGUCUCACAUUAUGACAAUGGGAGUUUUAUUGAGAACACUCAUGACAGUUUAGUUAGAGAACGUCUUCCACAGAAUAAUCAUCCUGCGUGCCCCAUCGAAUCUGGCCCAAGAACAAGGUAUGAUAACAUUAGUGACAUUGAAUUAGAAAAUGGUCCAGUGUCACCUGUCAUUACCAGAGACUCAGCUCACAUCCCUAUCAAUGAAAUAGAAAGUCUAAAAACUGGUUUUGAACAUAUGCCAGAGUCUCUUUUUAACAAUUCAGGCUCUCCACACCUCUCAUCUACCAUACAAAACACUUCUUAUAACAGUUGUGAAACGUCUCAAAAUGCUGAAAUUCGCAGAACAACUAUUGAUGGUGAACAUUUACAAGAAGGAUUUGGUGAACUCAAUAGCUCAAUAGCAUCUACCCAAGGAGGAAGACUCUUAAGCCCUUAUGACAAUCUAAAUACAUCAGGGACUAAUCUUACUGGUAGCCAUAGAAUGUCUGAAGACAGCCUCACUUCACCUAUGGUAGUUCUAACGACUCCUAAUGCUGAGACUGACUCAGUGGCAGGUAUAGAGCAGUUACCCCGAAGCUAUGGCCAGAUCAUUAGGACUGAUAAUGAUUUUGAGUUUGAUGAAAAUUAUUUUGACACAAGCUCUGAGGAAGUAUCUGAGCGAGAUUUAUCUCACCUAAAUCUAGCACCUUCAAGCUUUGCGCUAGAUGUUGGAGAAGCUUCGUUCUCCAGGUCUGCUUCAGAUGUACCUAUAGCUGCAAAAAAGGCAGAAAACAAAUCUGACCACAAACAAAGAACAGAUUCCAGGACUACAAAAAAAGAGGACAAAGCUGAAAGUACAAGUGAAGAUGAGGAGGAAGAUGAUGGCUCUCACUCAGGAACAUCAAUGCUUCAAAACAAAAAGAAGCCUAGGUCAAGGCUGAAAAAAUUUUUGACAUCACUUUUGUCAUUGUCAUCUUCUGAUGAUGAUGAUGAACAUUUUGAUGCCAGAACAUCGUCUUCUUCCAAAUCAUCAGACUGGUAAAUAAUUUUCUGAAAUUAACUGAAAAUUUUAUUAAAUGUUUUUGGGGUUUAAAAUUCUUAUUGACCAACCAAAAUAUUUUUGGUUUGAUUAUUUAUUACUACAAGUUGUAUGCAGGCUCUUUUAUUAUACCAUUUAUGUAUUUAAAAUUAUCUGGUCAAACCUUGUUACAUUUCUCUUUUCUGACAAGUACAAUGUAUCAAAAUGCUGAUAUGUAGUAGUUCUCUGUGAAUUGUAAAGGACCAUGCGCCAAAGAUGUAAUGUUAAUGCAGUUCUGUGGCUAGGUGUUUCAUGGCCAACACAGAGACCAUCAUCUUUUAUUUACCCAAUAAAUAUUUGGUACACAUUUGAUUUCACUAACAUAUUUUCUAUUGUCAAUCAGGGCAGUGUAAAUACAUUGCUAAUGAAAAGGGACUAGUUGUGUUAUAAAUUAUUAGAACUGAUAGGACUUUGAGACCUCUUUGAACCCUAACUUUAAAUUUGUAUUCAUAUUUUAUAUUCUUGGCUCACGAUUUAAAAGAAAUACCAAACAGUGAAAUUAAAUUGUUGUAUGGAUUGAUUUGAAUGUAAAACUUUUAUUUCCACAUUACAAAUAGAUUUAUCUUGUGAGAUAAUUUUGAUUUCAGUAAUGAAUGUUUUGUUGCCAGCAUUUUUGCCCUUUUAAUUUCUGUUACAUUUUUAUCAUCUUAAAGAGAAUUUUAUUGUUAUUGUUUUGCUGACUUCUAUCAGCCCAAACAUCUGGAAUUAUGUAUCAACAUCACUUAAUCUUAUGAUUGCAUGCAUUAGAUGAAUUCGAUUUGAUUCACUUGUGCACAAGGACAUUCUAAGAUCGUGCCAUGUUUGUCACAUUGGCAGGCAAUCUUUCUUCAUGGAAAUUGGUCUCCAGCAAUAUCUGCAGGCUCUUCCCAACAGAUGUCAUCCUGCCCUGAUUGCUCACAUAACUUUGCUAGUCUUAUACUGUCUGGCUGAUCUCAUUGAAGUUACCUUGAGUUUUAUGCUUGUGAGAGAUUUAUUUACUAUUAUGUUUUCUUUUUGAUUCUCUCACAGCUAUUUUAGUCAUCUUCAGUCAACUAUUUCACACAUUUUUUUUUACAUUUUUUUAAAACAAUUUCUUUUAUCAAUCUUUUAGUCAUUCCAAUUUGUUGUUUUUUUUCAGGGUGUUUUUUUUUUCUUCUUUUGUUCACAGUCUUUUUUUUUUACACUUGUUUAAACUCAGAAUAAUAAUAUUGUCAUUUUUAUUUUGUGUUACAAUAUUUUUGUUAUAGUUUUUUUUUUAAAUAUAAAAACAAGACAUGAAACCUAAUCAUUCUUUUCUUAUGCUUUAAAAUCUUUUCUCAUUUGAUGUUGUUGAUGGAAACACUGUGAACCUUUAGAAGAAUAUUAUAUUGAUUUUGAUUUUCUUUUAAAACAACCUUGCCUUGAUUCAUUUAUAUACAUUUAGAUGCAUUCAUCUAGUCAGGGUGGGCCCUUACAAUCUGACAAAUUAUUUGGAUUGGAGAAAUUUGGUAGACAUGUAUAUGUGAUAAAGAUUUUUUAAGAUUUAUUUUCUUUACUUGUUGUACAAAUGAUCCAAAUUUAGUACACUGUCAUUAUUGAUUGAAAUGGGGGAUUAACACUUUUGUUCUAAAUGAAUUGAAGAACAUUCUCUGAAGUAAAAAUUGAUAGAAAUCUGGCUAUGCACAUGAGUAGUCUAUAUUCUUUUUUAUAAUAAAUACUUUGUUAUUUAUUAAUCAAUUUCAUUUUGAAAGCAAGUCUUGGUUGAUUGUUUUCAUUUUUUGUUCAUAAUUUACUUCUGUUUUUCUUAUAGAGUUCUUUAUCAAACAGAUUUUGUUCUUGUUUGUAUACAGAGUCAUAACAGUUCCCUUUUUUAUUUUGUUUGGUCAUUUUUAUUGGGUAAACUUAAGCAUUAACUGCAUUGGCUCCAUUCAUGGCUCUGCUUGUAUUUAUUGAAUGUCUGUGAAGGGAUUGCUGCUACUUUUAUUGGUAAACUAGAAUUGUUUUAAUCUAUCAUCUAUUUAAGUGCUGUGAUUGGAGUGGACGUUAUCAUGUAACUGUGAUCUAAACAUGAAAUGUGCUUCCAUCAACUUUUGUUUGGCUAUUGAUUUCUUUAUGUGUUGUAAAUGUUGUCUCAUUCCCUCCCCCACCUCUCCCCCCCCC